CUUCAGUACUUAUUUUGGUCAUUUACAAUGUGGAAGCUUUCGCUUAUUUUACUGUUUGCUAUUUCUGCAUCGUUAGAAGCACAAGAAGUAAUCACAUUGACAUGUACCUUCGGGAGAACGGUUUAUGGAGAAUAUGCAUGCUCAUUACAAGGAGUGGAAGUGUUAGAUCCAACAUCUAGUGUAGAGAUAACUGGCGAACAUUUAGAAGGCUAUACAGACAGUGAUGUAUUAUUCGUUAGGAUCAGUUCAUCGAAUACACCCUUCAUGAUUCAAGAAGUUUUCACAACAUUCCCCAACAUUUAUGAACUUGAAUAUUAUGACAGCAACCUUCAAUCCAUUAAUAUUCCUGACAGUGCAAGGCUCGAGUGGUUAAAUCUCAUCCGAAACAACAUUUCAACAAUUGAGAGUGGAAUGUUCAGCAAUCAACCAUUACUCUUUUAUUUGGAAUUAUAUGAUUGUAACGUUCAAACAGUAGAUGAAAAUGCUUUUGAAGGCCUUUCUAGACUCGCUGGUCUUGUACUUUGGGACAAUCAGAUUACCGAACUUAGUGUGAGAACCUUUGCACCAUUAACUGCUCUUCUAGUUUUAGACUUGGAAGCUAAUUUUUUAACAAGCAUACCUCAAGAAUUGUUAGCUGAAAAUAUAAAUCUUUCAACAAUUUACUUUAGUGGAAAUCCAAUCAGAGAAGUUCACCCCAAUUUUGCAGCUAAUCAGAGACAAAGGUUAAGAUAUUUGAAUAUGAGAUCAAUUGAUUGCGUUGAUCGUGUCUUCACAAUUGUUGAUGAGUUGGAUUGGAUGGAUGUGAACAAUUCACUGCAAACAUGCUUUAAUAAUUUUGAUGGAACAGUUCCAGAAGUGAGACAAAUAUCGUUGGAAUUUACCGGAAACUUGAGAGUGUUUGACAGAUUUGGAAAUAUUAUUGCUAGUAUUUAAUUAUAAUCUUAUCGCAAGUCUGAGAAGUUAUCAAGAAAAUGAUUUCAUAAGUUUUAAAUCGUUAACUUGAAUAUAAAAUUGAGGAAUUUUCUGUUGUAUUAUGAACGCAGAUAAAUAAAAUAAUUAAACAAA